AAGGGACAAAAGUGUAUUAAUAUUUCUUUGGAGUCCGAUUCCAACUCGAGUUUGUUGAUGCCCCUAUGCUGGCCUAAAACCAAGCCGACUUUGGUUCUAUGAUCAACAAACUACAAAAGCAUACACAUUAAGAGAGAGAGAGAGAGAGAGAGAGAGAGAGAGAGAGAGAGAGAGAGAGAGAGAGAGAGAUGAAUGAUACCGAAACCAGCACGUCCCCUGAAGCAGUUACUAUGGUUGAUGGAGGACGACCCAGAAACUGUUACUAGGUACUUCUCUAUACACAAAUCCAUUACAAGCUUGGCAUUCCCUUUUCAUAGAAAAUGGAUAUGAGUUAUGUCAAGGAAAGGAUCGAAGAAGAAAUUUCCAGGAAGCUUGAUAUUAAACAUUUCUCAUCUACUACAGAGACACUUCACAUUGUAGAUCUGGGCUGUUCAAUUGGACCCGACACAUAUUCAGCAGUGCAAGACAUAAUAGAUGUCAUAGAACUCAAGUACAUCUCUGAAGGUCUAAUAGUUCAAAUCCCAGAUUUUCUAGUGUUCUUCAACGAUUUCGCUUCCAAUGAUUUCAACACUCUCUUUUCAUCUUUCCCUCCCAACAAAAAAUACCUUGCGGCUGGUGUACCUGGUUCGUUUUAUCAGCGAUUGUUUGCCGCGGGAUUUCUCCAUUUUGUGUACUCAUCUAAUUCUCUUCAAUGGCUCUCCAAGGUUCCAGAAGAGGUGGAAGACAAGAACUCUCCUGCAUGGAACAAGGGGAAGGUUAUUUAUAGUAGCGCCCAAAAGGAAGUAGUAGAUGCUUAUUCAACUCAAUAUAGAGAGGACAUGGAGUCGUUUUUGUGUGCUAGAGCAGAAGAGCUUGUGCUUGGAGGGAUGAUGGUGCUUCUCAUGCCAGGCCUCUCAGAUGGAACUCCACAUUCUAAAUGCUCUCACUGUAUGUUAUAUGAUCUUCUAGGAUCUUGCCUCCUGGAUAUGGCUCAGAUGGAAUUAGUCAAUGAAGAAAGAGUGGAUACUUUCAACUACCCCAUAUACAUUGCAUCUCCAAAGGAGUUAGAGGAGUUGGUGAAGAAGAAUGGAUGUUUCAGCAUUGAGAGGUUGGAGAUGGUGACUUGCUUGAUAAGGGACGUCGAAACACCUGGUGUAGAAGUGUAUACAAAGCAUUUAAGAGAUGGAAUGCAAGGACCCAUCAAGGAACACUUAGGAGUGACCAGUAAUGAGGAUCCAACGGAUGAGAUGCAUGCCUUAUUCUAUCGAUCGUUGAAUUUUCACUGCCACUCACUGCUCACUAUGGAAGAUUUGAGUGAGGGGAGUGGUUGUGUGGCCUUAUAUUAUUGUCCAUCUAACGUCUAGAGGAUUGGUCAAGUAAAAGCUAUGUUUGG